ACUAGAAAAGCUUGCUGAGACAAUGUACAGUUUCAAGGCUUACCCUGACGAUGAUGACUUCAGCAGUGUUGCAAAAGCACUGAUUAGCAAACACCCCUGCCUCACUGAGCCUGGACCACACAGAUGGUAUGGCUGGAAAAAUAGCCUUAAAUUUAAGAUGGCCAAUUAUCGCACAAAGCUUCGAAAAGCAGGAUGUGAGGAUGUAGCUAUCAAUGGAGGCAAAAGAAGUAAAGGCAACCCAGAGGGAGAAUCCUCAAGCAAGAAUAUCAAGCGGCCAAGAAGAGGUGAAGCAAACUACCUGCCUAACUUACCUGAAGGACAUGAUGAAACGAGUCUAGAAAAUGCCAGAAUGGUUCUAGUGGAAGAAAUGAAGAAAAAACAACCAAAUGGCACUCUCAUUUCACAAAUGAUGGACCAAUCAUUCCCACUACGCAGACAAGAAAUUGUAAAAAAGGUGCCUGCUGUACAGAACAUGGUUGAACGAUGGCCAGCACUCUUCAUAGAGAGACAGGUGUUUGCUGAGUUUAAUAGAAUCGCCAGUAAGAAUCUUGAGGGAGACUUCUUUGAGGCUCUGGACCAGUAUGCCCCACGUUUCAUUGAACUUUUCAAAACAAAAAAGGGAACUAUUGGCCAGAAACUCAGGGAGCUGAUGCAGCACAUGAGCUGGAUGACACCAGACGUCACAGUACUUCGCUCUGUUGUCCUCAAAGGCAUUCCCAUUUUACUCGGUGAUGACUCCAGUGAAUUCUACAAGACCUGCUCUGAUACAGAGAGAGACGAGGCCCUAGAAUGCAUCACUGUUGGUGUGCUGACAGUUGUCAGUGAAGAUGGUCCUCACGAGGGUCAAAGCUCAGUGGACCUCCAGCCCAUUUCCACUGCCAUCAUUCUGGAGGGAGGUAUUGUCAUGGAUCAUAUUAAAAACUUGCCUCAGGCAGUUUGACUUU